AUGCGAAUCGUAUGCGCUCUACUUGUGCUGAGUCUUCCCGUCGUAACCCCGUCCACGCAUGUCCACGGUGUUGCUCCAUCUGAUCAGUUGAAAUAUGAAACCACCGAGUUCUCGUGUGUUGUGGGUGGAAAGCUUACGAAUCUACCAAUCAAUCGAGUGAAUGAUGAAUAUUGCGACUGCGACGACGGUGAUGAUGAACCAGGCACCGCCGCCUGCUCGCACGUACUAAUGAGUGUGUUUCACUGUAAAAAUGACGGGUUUUUGACUGCAAAAAUCCACACGUCACGGAUUCAUGAUGGAAUAUGUGACUGUUGUGACGGAUCCGAUGAAGAAAUUGACGGUAAACGGCCAUGUCGAAAUACAUGCUCGGUAGCUGCCGAGAAGUUCGGGAAAGAAGCGGAGCAGCGUCUUAAAGUGGUGAAAAUUGGGUUUGAGAAACGUCAAACGACGGUCAAUGGGGAGAUUGCGACGUACUUUGGUAGAGAAAAAGGGUUGAUGAUGAAGAUGGAAAGAGAAUUAGCAGAUUUGAAGCUGCUAAAGGAGAGAGUGACAGUGCACAAGGAUCGUGAAGAAUUGAGGGAGCAAAAAUAUCGUCUGGAGGUUGCGAGACAAAAGCAAGUGAAUAUUCAUGACGGUGAGAAGACGAGCAGACAAGGCUUUUUGGAGGCGGUUGAAGCAGUGGAGUUUGAAACACUCGAUGCUAUUCAACUUGCCGAUGACGAUGCACCCGUCACCUCAGCGGAAGAUGAACGAGCGUUGGAGAUUUUGGAUUCGAAUAGGCAGACUGUGAAGAGCCUGAUUGAGCUGCCAGACAGCACAAGGAUAUCUCUGGCAGAUUAUUUACGAAUGAACCACAACGAGCAAGCCCGUACCAAGAAGUUGAGGCCGCCACACACUGCAGAAGAAUUGCCGCGAGACGAUUUCCGUGGCUCGCUACUCAAUUGGGGGGCGGGAGAUCGAAAAAGAAUUGGACUGCAUGCAUUGCGUGUUAUCGGUGUCGUCGUUUCUCCAGUCCGUGCGCUAGUAGAGAUGUUGCUGUAUAGUAAGAGAACCCUAUGGAGUAUGUUAUCGAUACCUGAAUUUGCUGGUCCAGUCGUCGACAAACUGCCGGAUUUCCCACCUCUGUCACGUUCAGUUUGGUUUCGUCGGCUCGGUGGAGGAAUUGUCUUCAAUAGUUACAGACUAGCCACGUGGGGCGCGCAGGUUGUCUGGGACGCGCCGGUUUAUGUUUACCACUAUCUAUUUCCCACGCUGGAUAAUGAGGUGAAACUGCCAACAGCGGAGUCGCUGCGGACAGUACUUCACGAAAUUGAGUCCGACAUUGCAAAACUGGAGAAAGAUGGAAACGAAAAGCGCGAGAUGGCGGAAAUGGACUAUGGUCCAGACCGUGCAUAUUUUGCGCUGAAGAAAAAUUGCAUUGAGAAACGAGUUGAGAAAUACCAGUACAAGUUCUGUGCUUUUGGAGAAGUCAAGCAGGACCAAACAAAACUUGGCAAGUGGGACGGCUGGUACGGUAAAGAGGACAAGGGUUUACCAUCGAGUGGCAAGGUGGAUUACACGCGCAUGCGGUACUCUCAGGGUGACAAAUGCUACAAUGGCCCAAAGCGGUCCGUGCUGUUGCAUCUCGAGUGCGGUGAACGCGACGAGAUAUUGAGUGUGGAUGAGCCUUCUACCUGCGUGUACGAGAUGGCUGUUCGUUCUCCGUUGGCAUGCACUGCUGAAGUAUAUGCUAAGGCCCAAGAAGACGUGGCGUUUUGGACACGAAAGCAGUUACAGUAA